AUGAGGAAGCUUCAUUCUCUUCUGGCUCGGACACUCACUUCUGGGACCACUGGCUCCCCAGACCUUCCUGACAUGAAUGAAGUGCGAAGCAGAUUGAGGGAAAUAGUGGGAGCAUCCACCAACUGGAGGGAUCAUGUGCAAGCAAUGCAAGAAAGAAAAGCUCUUUAUACUUUACUGGCAAAACGGCAGGAAGAUCUCCCUCCUAGGAGGAUGAAGGAUAGCUACUUGGAAGUUAUUCUACCUCUAGGAAGUCAACCUGAAAUAAGAGAAAAGUACCUGAAUGUACACAACAGCGUAAGGUUUGGAAGGAUACUUGAAGAUCUUGACAGUUUAGGAGUUCUUAUUUGCUACACUCACACCAAGCAGGAGAUGCAGCCAAAGUCUCCUUUAUCAAUAGUUACAGCUCUGGUGGAUAAAAUCAAUUUGUGCAAGAGGAUUAUAUAUCCAGACUGUGACAUCAAAUUCACAGGCAAUGUUUCUUGGGUUGGGAAGACCUCAAUGGAAGUGAAGAUGCACAUGCUGCAGCUACAUGAUGGUGAUUACAGCCCUGUGUUAGAUGCAACCUUUGUCAUGGUGGCCCGGGAUCCAGAGAAUAAAGGGCCAGCAUUUGUUAAUCCACUAGUUCCUGAGAGCCCUGAGGAAGAAAAAGUCUUCAAGCAAGGGGAAUUGAACAAGCUGAAGAGGAUUGAUUUCAGCACUGCUUCCUUACUGAAAAUGGCUCCCACUGCAGAAGAAAGAAAUAUUAUUCAUGACAUAUUCCUUAAUACCCUGGACACAAGGACAGUAAGUUUCCGGAGUCGUAAAUUACCCCCCAAUUCAGUGUGGAUGGAAGAUACAAAGCUAAAAGGCCUACAGAUUUGCCAUCCUCAGGAACGGAACAUCUUCAAUAGGAUCUUUGGGGGUUUUCUCAUGAGAAAGGCGUUUGAACUGGGAUGGGCAAUUGCUUGUAGCUAUGGGGGUUCCAGACCUUUUAUUGUAUCUGUUGACGACAUCAUGUUUCAGAGGCCAGUUGAGGUUGGAUCCUUAUUACUGCUUUCUGGACAGGUCUGUUACACAGAAAAAAACCACAUCCAGGUUCGAGUACACACUGAGGUUUAUGAUGCAGAUACCAGGGAUCACCACACAACCAAUAUCUUCCAUUUUACAUUUAUAUCAGAAAAUGAGGUCCCACAGGUUGUCCCCAAAACAUAUGGAGAGUCCAUGUUGUAUUUAGAUGGGAAGCGACACUUUGCUGCUGUCAUGAAAGAAAUCUGA